AUGCCCGCCCUCCGUGACUUUAGCUUCGAGUUGCUUUCAUCCCUUCUCAAGCAUCCCCCAGCCCGUCUGUUCAAGCACACCCGCAUCCUCGAUGUGCGUGGUCUUUUUCCUCAGCAGUGCUAUCUGCCCGCGCUCAGGAGUGUCUUCAGCAACAUCUCCGUCCUCCGGCUCACGACGAUCAGCGGGACCUACAGCCCCUACGUCCCUUUCGGCGCCGAGACGCUCGUGCUCUUCACGUCCCCACACGGCCCAGACUGCGAAGCGAACCCCCGGGCUUUCGACAAUCUCCGCUCUGCAGGUUUGACCGAUAGCAGCCCACGCCCUGUGCCCCAGGACGUGGACUGGAGGACCGUCCCGGGAACCGUCAAGCGUGUCGUCAUCAACAUGGGCGGGGACGACCAGCCGGCUGCCGAUCUGUGGCCCUUCAUCGCCAUCCCUCCGCCUCACAUCACAGAGAUGGUCAUCAUCUUCCCCCGUGUUCUGAGGUCGAAUAUUGCAAUGGUGCCCCCCUUCUCGUUCGGCAGGACAUUCUUCUACCCCGACAUUGUGGCCGAGGACAUUGCCGAGACGCUGGACGGCUCUGACCCGCGCCUCCGCGUGACGCUGGUGGGGUUCGAGCUCUGGAGGAUUCAAGGUCUCGAUUUCGAGAAGCUGUUACGUGACCAGCUCUUCUACAGCCAGCUGCAAGGUGUAGAGUACGAGAAGAUCGGGUUCACGAUCGACUUUGACGAGGAUGGUGGCCGCAAGGUUCGCCCCAUCGCCAAGAAUGCCGCAGCACACGAAAGGAUGGUCCGGCAGCUCAUGAGCCAGGUCGAGAUGAUGACUUGGGAAGAGUACGUAGAGAGUGUUGGUGCGGAGAGGGCGAGGAUCGAGACUGUCGAAUAUGAGGAUGGAACGAGGCGCGAGACGAGGCGGCCCCAAGGGCUGCCGAAUGAUUUGAGGCGCGAGAGGACCAGACUCGCCAAAAGCGGGCUCGUGCCACGAUCAUGA